AUGGUUGAGAAGGGGUGUGAGAGAUGCAGGGAAUGGAAGGAGCACUACUACUGGGAGCACAUGGAUGUGAGCAAGAUCCGCUUCUUCAAGCUCAUGACUGGGGAUUUCGCCCGGGGCAUUAGGAUACCAGACAAGUUUGCAAAGAAUUUCAAGGGACAGAUCACAGAAGAGGUUCAGCUGAAAUCACCUAGUAGUGCUGAAACAUGGCACAUCGGUGUAGAGAAGCAUGGUGAUGAGUUGUUCUUCAUGUCAGGAUGGAAGGAUUUUGCCAAGGCUCAUGAACUGCAGGAGAAUGAUCUCGUGCUCUUCACUUGCUGUGGAAACUCUUCCUUUGAGGUCCUAGUCUUCGAAGCGAGUGGCUGUGAGAAAGUGUCUUCCCUGUUUGGCAAUGGAAUUGGUCCUGAUAUGUGCAAACAAUUCAAUGAUAUAGUGGGUCAACAUGGUGAGCAUCACUCUCUGACUGUGAGCGAUUCUGAGGAUACCAUUGCGCCGUCGCAGCUGGUUGGAUCCCCUCACAACGCUUCUCCUUUGAAGGAACCCAGUGGGAAGGCUAGACCAAGUGAAUAUGAAUUACCAAACACCAACAACUUUAUUGUCAAGCAUGUGGCAACUGGCAAAGAGGAUAGUGAUGAUGGAUAUGCUAACUCUAACUACUACUCGAAGUUUGCCAAUCGACUAAGAGAUGAGGAAAAGGAGAAAAUAAUAGGUUUGGCUUCCAUCCGACCAAACAAUCCUGUAUUUGUGACAGUUCUGAUGAAAAACCAUGUUCAGCGCAGAAACAACCAUCUGGUCAUCCCAAGUAAAUUUGCUGCUGAUCAUCUUGGGGAAAGAGCACAUGAUAUCAUACUUCGUAGGCCAAAUAGGAAAGAGAAAUGGUUUGUCAGCUACUAUUACUCAUGCCGCACCCGGUGUUUCCACAACUUACCGUUGUUUAAGUUUAUGAGCGAAAACAAGCUUCGUGAGGGUGACAUCUGCGUCUUUGAGCUGAUGAAAGGCAAAAGGAGAGUGACGAUGACUGUCCAUGCCAUCAGAAAGGCCAAUAACCGGUUUAUUCUGAUGGCCCCCCAUCUGCGGUGUGAGAGCUGCAGGAAGUGGCAAGAGCACUGCUACCAGGAGCACAUGGUGAGGGAGAGGGUGAGUUUCUUCAAGCUCAUGACAGGAGAUUUUGCGCAGGGCAUUAGCAUACCGAACAAGUUUGUGAGCAACCGAAAUGGGCAGAUCACCAAAGUGUUCAACCUGAAAUCACCCAGUGGCGAAACAUGGAUCGUCGAUGUCACAAAGAAUGCCGAUGAGCUGGUCUUCAAGUCAGGAUGGGAUGAUUUUGCCAGAGCACAUGAGCUACAAGAGAAUGACCUUGUGAUCUUCACACGCAGUGGCAACUGCUCCUUUGAUGUCCUGAUCUUGGACUCAAGUGGCUGCGAGAAGGUGUCUUGUUUCUUCACCACUAAGAAGGGUCCUUGCAUGCACAAGCAUUUCAAUGGCAGAGCGCAUCAACAAGCUGAACACCGCAUGUUCAGUGAUUCAGAAGACUUGGGAAUGCCGUUGUGCCUCGUUGGGACCUCUACUUCAAAGAAGAAGGGUGGCAGGACUGAACCAAGGAAAGAGCCUGAACCUCCAAGCAAUAGCAAUUACUAUAUCAAGCAAGAGGCGAUGAGCGAUGAAGAGCAGAGCGACGAAGAUAGGCUUGCCGAUUCCAGCUACUACUACUCAAAGUCUGCCAACAUCCUAACUGAUGGUGAACGGGAUCAAAUAUUCAGUUUGGCUUCGAUUCAACCAGGCAAUCCAGCAUUUGUGGCUGUACUGCUGAAGACCCAUGUUGGGCACAAGAACAACAUGCUGACCAUUCACCAUGGAUUUGCAGCAGAGCACCUUGAGGGGAGAUCCCAUGAGAUCCUGCUCCUCAGGCCAAACAGGAAAGAGAAGUGGUUCGUCAAGUACUACCACGCCAGCCAUACCAGAGGCUUCAACUGCUGCCGCUGGGUCAAGUUCGUCCGUGACAACAGGCUGCACAAGGACCACAUCUGCGUCUUUGAGCUGAUGAAAGGCGCCAAGAGGACGACGAUGAUUGUCCAUGUCCUCAGGAAGGUUGAUAAUGGAAAGAUUGUGCUGGUGGCCUAA